AUGAAUUAUUCAAUAUUCUCUAUUUGUUUAUUUAUUUGGUGUCUAGUUGAGAAUGUCUUUGUUUUAAAUGAGAAAAUUAUUCCAAUAGGUCCAGCCAAUCGUUCCAAGUUAAAAAAAAUGUUGGAGGGGGACGAAGAUUUUAAGAUAAACAUACAUGCACCUGUUGAAGAUACAGAAGAAGUCCUUGAGGCCUUAGAUUCUUUAAUGAGGGUAGAGGAAAUGAAUAGGAAAGUUGACGAAGAAGAAUUUAUGAACGAUAAACAAAAAUUAUUAAAAAUUCAUAAAAAAAGAAUACAGGAUAUUGUUACUUUAGCAUUUGAACCUUUACAAGCUCUUUUGCCAAAUCCAUUACAGUAUCUUAUUAUUAAAGAUGUUAAUGCAUACAUGAAAAGUUUAGAAGAAUAA